CCCUCACACUUUGUUUUUGUUUAUUUGGCGGGAAAGCUGCUUAAUCAUCACUAUUUUUACUGGAAAUUCAAGUUGCCAAAUCAUGGGAAUUUUAGGAUUGACAAAAUUGCUUGGUGAUCAUGCUCCUGGCUGUAUGAAAGAACAAGAGAUAAAGAAUUAUUUUGGUAGAAAAGUUGCUAUUGAUGCCUCCAUGUGUAUCUACCAGUUUCUUAUAGCUGUCCGACAAGAUGGCAGCCAGUUGAUGAAUGAAGAUGGCGAAACAACAAGUCAUCUGAUGGGAAUGUUCUAUAGGUCAAUCAGAAUGUUAGAACAUGGCAUAAAACCUGUCUAUGUAUUUGAUGGCAAACCACCAGACAUGAAGUCAGGGGAGUUAGAAAAGAGGAAAGAAAGAAGGGAGGAGGCACAGAAAGCUUUAGAGAAAGCUGAGGAAGCAGGAGAUGAAGAAAACAUAGAAAAAUUCAAUCGUCGUCUUGUGAAAGUUUCAAAGCAGCAUAAUGAAGAGUGUAAAGAACUAUUGAAAUUGAUGGGAGUCCCAUAUAUAGAGGCUCCAGGUGAAGCUGAGGCACAGUGUGCUGUUUUAGUUAAAGCUGGUAAAGUAUACGCUACUGGUACUGAGGAUAUGGAUGCUCUUACGUUUGGAACCAGUGUACAGUUGAGAAAUCUAACAGUUGCUGAAGCAAGAAAAUUACCAAUAAAAGAAUUUCAUUACCAGAAAGUUUUGGACGAAUUAGGAAUGAACAAAGAUGAGUUUAUUGAUCUAUGUAUACUACUUGGGUGUGACUACUGUGAAUCCAUCAGAGGAAUUGGACCAAAGAGGGCUUAUGAUUUAGUGAAACAGCACCAUUGUAUUGAAGAAAUUCUCAAACAUCUAGACAGCAAGAAAUACACAGUACCAGAAGAUUGGAUGUUUAAGGAGGCAAGACGUUUGUUUCAGGAACCUGAAGUUGCAGACCCAGAGACAUUAGAUUUAAAAUGGACAGAUCCAGACGAGGAAGCAUUGGUAGAUUAUAUGGUGAACAAGAAAAAUUUCAGUGAAGACAGGAUAAGGAAUGGUAUUAAAAAGUUACAGAAAGCCAAACAAGGAUCAACACAGGGCAGACUUGAUUCCUUUUUCUCUGUUGUGUCUACAACAAGUACCAAGAGAAAGCAAGAAGAACAAAAAGGAUCAGCAAAGAAGAAAGCUAAAGGAACAUUCAAAAGAGGAAAAUGAAUAAUGUUUAUUUUGUCAUGUAAUGGACUAAAAGAUUUUGAUGCAUUUUUAUUGUGGACAGAACUCAAACCACUUGUGAAAGAUUUACUUCAAAGAUUUUUUGUAAACAUAAUACUAAUGAAAUGUUAGUAAAAUGGAAUCAUGUACUCUUGUUGACUAAAAAGUUAAACGAUUGUCAGUGAAUAAUUUAAAAAUAAUGUUCAACAUUAUAAUGAAUUUGGAAUUAUACAGAAAAUGUCAAAGUUAUGGACCGUGUCAUAGGUUUUUCAAAAUGUGAAGAAUUAAAAAUGAAUUUGUUAUGGACUGUGUCAUAGUUUUUCAAAAUGUGAAGAAUUAUGAGGAAACUGAGAAUGCUAAAUUGUUUUUAGGUUUUCAAUGCCCUUUUAGAUGUCCAUCUGUGACCUAGUAGCUUGGAACUUUCUGUUGAUCUCGAAAUACCCUGUUUUAAAAUUUGAAAACACAUGUUUUUAAGAAAUUAGUACAAGUAAAAUGUUGUCCAUUAUGCAGGGAAUAAGGUAUAUGCAGUUAUAUUUGUGUCCCUUGAAAAAUGAUGAUUUUUCUGUUAUGCCAUUGUUGUGUACAUCUUUAUAAAGUUUACAUGUAUGGUAAUAAAUCGUUAAGAAAACUAUCAA